AUGCAUGUCAAAGUUGCUUUGCUGGCAGGGGUUUGUCUCCUGGCAUCAAACAUCGGUGCCAAUGCCAAUCCCAUUGCCAGGACGGCUCCAGUGCGGAGCAGCAAGGCUACGACCUGGAAGCCCGCAGCUUUCACAUCGGCCAGCCCGGACAAAGUGAGCUCUAACGUGAUGACGUUGACGAAGAUCAAGUCCGCUAGAGGGAACAAACGUUGUGCCGCCUGGAAUCUCUUCGGCGGUAGUACUCAGCUUCAGGCACUUGAAAUUGGAGAGGAGUUUGCAACGGAGAUCGACAUCGCGGGACAGAAAUUCCAGGUGGUCGUCGAUACCGGCUCCAGUGACACUUGGGUUGUUGAAAAAGGGUUCGAGUGUGUGUCUGUUUCCAAUAGCAGCGAUGUUCUAGCGGAGUCUGCGUGUGCCUUUGGUCCCACGUACACAUCGGGUUCUUCCUUCAAGCAAAUCCCCAACGAAUUUUUCAACAUCAGCUAUGGUGACGGUGAAUUCUUGAAUGGUGUCAUGGGUACCAAUCAGAUCACUUUGGCUGGUAUCGAGGUCACCCAGGAAAUGGCUCUGGUGAACUUCGCUGGGUGGGAUGGGGAUGGAGUCACAUCGGGUCUAACAGGCCUUGCAUUCCCUGCUCUUACGAGCGCCUACUCAAACUCCACCAAGAAGCAAAUCCCGUACAAUCCAAUUUUCACCACAAUGUACGAGGAGGGCAAGGUGUUUCCACUUUUUAGCUUGGCAAUCCUUCGCGAUGUCUCUGGACCUUCUGGAUAUCUGACUCUUGGAGGACUUCCCCCGAUUGACUUUGUGCCCGAAUUCUCCAGCACGCCCAUUUUGAUUACAAACAUUCAAGGAUAUCCCACUUCCUUCGACUUCUACACAAUCAACAUUGAUGGUCUCCAGUUGAAUGACAAGAAGCUUACCGCUGCCGGUGGCUCUGCUAUUCAAUAUAUUGUCGAUUCUGGCACUACUCUAAACUUCUACCCUACUGAAUUCGCCAACCAUGUCAAUGCCGCUUUCAACCCUCCGGCUGUGUAUGACAGCUCCCAAGGUGCCUACGUGGUGGACUGCCAUGCCAAGCCCCCCAAGCAUGGUGUGACCAUCAAUGGCAAGACAUUUUACAUCAAUCCUCUCGAUAUGAUUCUCGAUGCUGGGACGGACUCCAAUGGGAAAAAGCUUUGUAUCAGCGGCAUCACUGACGGGGGAUCUAGUUCGACGCAGGACCUGUUCAUCCUCGGUGAUACCUUCCAGAAGAACGUUGUGACGGUCUUCGAUGUCGGCGCAGCAGAGAUGAGAUUUGCUGCGCGGGAGUACUACAAAUCUGACGAUCACUAUUAA